ACAGAGGUUUUCCGUCGAGUAUCGCAGCAGCAGCAGCAGCAGUUGUUCCUCCGUAGUUGCCUCCAGCUCGAACUUUCUGUGGUUUCGCUCCCGGUGCUCAUGAAAAUGGUGCUCAACGUACAGAGUCGGCCGUCCACGCUUCUCUCGACGAGGCGCGCGUGUGAACGUCGGUCCAAGAGACCCGAUUUCGUUCGGAUAGUUGAAGUGGGUCCUCGAGACGGACUUCAGAACGAGUCUGAGCUCGUUCCAUGCUCCGUGAAGGUGGAACUCAUAAACAGAUUGGCGCAAGCGGGUCUCCGCAGCAUAGAAGCCGGAGCUUUUGUGUCUCCCCGCUGGGUGCCCCAGAUGGCCGACAGCUCCGAAGUUCUUCGGAACGUAGCGCAAUCCGAGAAUGUCUCUUAUUCAGCGCUAGUCCCCAAUUCAAAAGGGAUGGAACGAGCUCUGGCGUGCGGGGUUUCCGAAGUGGCGGUGUUCGCAUCGGCGUCGGAGACUUUCAGCUUGAAAAACAUAAACUGUUCGAUCGAGGAAAGCUUUGCGAGGUUCGAACACGUGUUGAACAUGGCCAAAGCACACGGCGUGAGAGUUCGAGGUUAUCUCAGCUGCGUCACCGGGUGUCCAUACGAGGGUUUUGUGCCUCCAACGAAGGUCGCGGAGCUGGCUCGCCGCCUCUACGAUAUGGGUUGUGACGAAAUAUCGCUGGGAGAUACCAUCGGAGUUGGAACUCCUGGAUCUUUUUCCGAAAUGUUGGAAGCCGUGCUCGACGUCGUUCCCGUUUCCGUAGUCGCAGUCCAUUGUCAUGACACAUACGGUCAAGCUCUCGCCAACAUCCUCACCGCUGUCGAUAUGGGAAUAUCGGUCGUCGACGCCUCCGUAGCGGGUUUGGGUGGCUGUCCCUAUGCCAAGGGGUCGAGCGGUAAUGUCGCCACAGAAGACGUUGUCUACAUGCUCCACGGAAUGGGAAUCCGGACUGGGAUCGACAUGCAACGGCUGGUCGAUGCCGGCGAGUUUAUUUGCAAGAAACUCGGCAAGGGUUCGGCUUCGAAAGUAGCGCGAGCUCUGAGAGGAUGACGGCGGGGCCGCACAACUUUUGAUCGAAAGCUCCCAACGAAAUAAAGGCAGCGGUCGACGAAGCGGAUAUCUUCUCUGGGAAGGCUGGCAGCGGAUAGAGAAGACAAAGAACGAGACGACAGCGCUGCUCCUCCGGGGACUUCGCUGUCGACGCGACCUUGCCGUGGAGCUGCAAGGUAGCGAGUUUCCUCGCGUUCAGGGCGAGCUCUGUUUGCCGGGUCUAGGCGGUAGAAGUCGCUCAUCGUCCGCCCUCUACUUCGACAACCAGAGCGGCUUGUCGGCGCAUUCGAACUUUCGGAACAGGAGCGUUCUCGCUCCGGCUGCGAUACAUGAAUCCGUCUACAUCGCUGUAAUACUCGCUGUCGGGUUUGUGCCGAUUCUUGGCGUCUCGAGGCC